AGAGAGAGAGAGAGAGAGAGAGAGAGAGAGAGAGAGAGAGAGAGAGAGAGAGAGAGAGAGACUCCUUUUGUCUUCCUAUAGGGAGCUGGAUAGGGCAACAUUAUUUGCAAUGUGUUGAUUUGUGAUGAGCCUCGGCUUUCUUUCUUCAUUUUAUUGAUCCCAGCUCCCAACACAUGCUGCAUCAAUGAGCCACGCAAGGAUAAAAAGCCAUUUGUGGGGAACACGGCCCUGUUGAGUCAGGUUGCACAGUUAGAUAUGUAGAAAGGCUAUAGGCCUCCCUUGACUGGAUCCCAGUAGGAGCAUCAUUCUUUACUCUCUCUCUCUCUCUUUCUCCCUCUCUCCUUGAGUUGAGCUGUAUGAUUAGUUUGCUUAUUUGGGGAUAAAACGUUUUUGUAUGAAGAAACAAAAUAUAAAGCCUAUUAGCCAACAAGUCUAUAUGUUGCACUGUGUGUAUUUAUGCAUAAACUAUUUAGUUACAAAGCAUAGGCAUACACUAAUAGACCUACCCUAAAUAGUCUCAUAUACGAUUAAGAAAGGCUGACCUGAAGAUAAAAUGCAGCCCUGGCUGAACUGUGAUAAAUGGAGAAAAUAUGAAUUAGGUGCUUAGUUAAUAACCCCUGAGGCAGGCUGUAUAGGCCCACACAAUAAAACGGCAGUCCUGCCACUUGGUUUGCUAUGGAAGCCUGCUGAGGAGUUGUCCUGACAUCUAGUGGUGUAUUUUUGCAACACAUGCAUGUUUUGUAAUGUGAUGAAAAUGCAACUUGCCAUGGGUCAUUAUAAAAAAAAAGGCAAUAGGCCUACCUGGCAAAAAAAUGUGUCUAAACUCAACCUCCUCAAUUAUGGUGCAGUAUUCAUGUCAUAGGCCUACAUCUUUUUAAUUUCUAUCUUUAUUUUGUAUGUGUACGUCAUAGCUUACAUGGGUGCCAGAAAUGUAUUUGAAUAAAUAAAUAUAACACUGUACAAAGUUUUGUAACCUUGAAGUUUCGUUUCACUAUUGACCCUUAGUGCAGUUUGCUUGCCGCUAUGCACAUGUGGCACGGGUAAUGUGAAGUUUCUCCCCUCCAUACUGAGGUCUAUAAGCAUUCCUGAUUUGUCUGCUACGCGAAGGCGGAGUCUCCUAGUGUAGUAGACUAAUUUGUGUGCGCAACGCUGAAUGGUAACCUGUGAACCAACAGUCACUCCACAGCGCUGGGCUUCAGGAUGUUAUUUUUUUCGCCGAUAACAGAAAUGUUCUUUAUUUAAGCUACCUGGCCUCUUCAGAGAAGGUCUGCAUUUGCAUAUUAAUUCAUUUCAAGAUGAGAUGUUAAUACAACAACCCGUGGUGGAUUGUUAGGCAGCAUCCGAUUAUUGAAUAGCAUUUGUUGGCUGCAGCUGUAUGCGACGGGAGACAACGUGCCAGAGGUGACUGCAUCUCAUCGCAGCAUUUAUUGAUAGACCAAGGGGGACUGAUGACAAUAACAAUUUCAGAUAGUAUUUAAUUGUGCUCGUCUACAAUACAUACAGGUUAUCUACCUCGAGAAAUGCGUGCUUGCAGAACGCAUUAGCAGAAGAUGGAACAACAAUGACUUUUUUCAUAUAGAUCUCAGAAAGCUAUAGCCCAUGUGUAUGCCUAGCUUAAAGCAGGUCCCUCUUAUUGGACUUCUCAUUCACUAGUGCGUAAAAUGGGCAACAGUUUUUCUAACAUAGCUGCUUUUCAGUCCCUGCAUAUUGUAAUGCUGGGUUUAGAUUCUGCCGGUAAAACGACUGUCCUGUACCGCCUGAAAUUCAACGAAUUUGUGAACACUGUUCCCACAAUCGGAUUUAACACAGAGAGGAUAAAACUGAGUAACGGUACCGCCAAAGGGAUUAGUUGUCAUUUUUGGGACGUCGGGGGGCAGGAGAAGCUGAGACCGUUAUGGAAAUCCUACAGUCGGUGCACGGAUGGCAUUAUUUACGUAGUGGACUCAGUGGACGUGGACAGACUAGAGGAAGCCAAAACAGAACUGCAUAAAGUUACCAAAUUCGCAGAAAACCAGGGGACUCCAUUACUGGUGAUAGCCAACAAGCAGGACUUGCCCAAGUCUCUACCGGUCCAUGAGAUUGAGAAGCAACUGGCACUGCAUGAGCUCAGCCCUUCUACCACUUACCAUGUCCAGCCUGCAUGUGCCAUCAUAGGUGAAGGGCUCCAUGAAGGCAUGGAUAAACUGUAUGAAAUGAUUGUGAAACGAAGGAAAUCACUGAAACAAAAGAAAAAGAGAUAACUCAUUACUGUGAAGUUGACCGCUAUCUUCUGAGCAGUCUGCUACUGUACCGUGACUUUUGCUAUAGUAGGCAUGUCAGGUGAUUCUUGUUAUGAUACACUGUAUAGCUUUGGGGUUAUUGGUGAAGCUAGUCACUUUUAGCUGUGCUGUUACAUUCAAUUACACAGAGGGAGGAAAAUAAAAACUUGCCUCUUGCUAUCAGAACUGUCCUUGACAGGCUGGUACCUGUUUGUUGCUGCGUCACAGUAUUUUCUUGUCAAUAGUUUUUUUUUACCUGAAGAGUGAAUGCCCUACACAGCACUUUUUUUCAUUCCUGAUUGGAAUGAACGUCAUUAAUCAAUAUCAAUGUGCUUAUACAUUUUAUUUUCCCACUUUGCGCGCUCUGUUUAUGUUACUAACACAUUGAGAGAGACCGUCCAUGUCGUUCUAAUAGUUCCUCUGCUCAUUUGAUAACUGGGCAAACAGUGCUGUUUUAUAGUAGAAUACAAUAGCCUAUAUUGGGGUUAAGGUGUCUUUCGAAUAUAGAAGGCUAUUCAUAUAUUGCACGUUUCAUCACAAUAUUAUUUGGAACGUUUGUUUUAUGACUGAUGCCCAUUCUACUUAAUGCAGUGUCAAUAAGUGCCGAUGAAGAUUUAGUCUGAAGUGCAUUACUGUGGCUUGGAAACACGAUUACCUUCCCGAAAGGAGGCUAAUAAUUAGUAGGACAAGCUUUUGUUAUUAUUGUUAUGUCGCCAGAUUGACUUUAGAUGCAGUAUAACUUUAGCUAGCUAAGAUUGAGGGGAGAGUGCAACAUUUUUGCUAGCUAACAUUAGCAUUGUUACCUAUUUCUGACAAACUUUGCUAUCUCUCUCAAGUAAACUUGACGCCAUCAUAAUGAUGGCAAAGUUGUUUACUACUAAUUAUUUGUCUUCUUUAGCAAUAUCAUCGGAUUUCCAGGCCACUAUAGUGUAAUUUUACUGUGGAUAUAGAUACUUUUGUACCUGUUCCCUACAGCAUCUUCAAGGUCUUUUGCUGUUGUUCUGGGAUUGAUUUGCCCUUUUCGCACACCAAAGUACGUUCAUCUCUAGGGGACAGAACGCGUCUCCCUCCUGAAACAGUCAUUAGCCCCCACUCAGAAAGUCUGAGACUGCAGUCCAAACACU